AACCGUGGUGAGACUCCUCACAAAACAAACCAUGGUGGGCACUCUGGGAAACCUCUACCAAAGCAUCGAAAAGCUGAGCGAAACCUACUUCCAACCAAACCAAACCAAAGACUCUGUCCUCAAACCAAAAGCCCCACUCUCUGCUACCCAAGUUCCCCUCUUAUCAGUCGAUGGCGGUACAUCCGCUGGCAAAACGUUUUACACUUGCCCGAACAAUAGUGCCACCGCGUAUGGCACCGGCCACCCAUAUUUCUCGGAUAAUGCCCGUGCUGUUUGCCCCAGUUGCAAGAGUAGGUUGUCUACAGGGAUCCAGUAUGUUGCGGCGGAGAAUGAAGUGGCAGCAGUUGGGGAGGGAGGUUUUGUGAAGGGGGUGGUGACUUACAUGGUGAUGGAUGAUCUGGUGGUGACUCCCAUGUCCACUAUUUCUGGGAUUACCAUGUUGAACAAAUUAAAUGUUCAGAAUGUUGGGGCACUCGAGGAGAGGGUUGUUGAUUUGGGGAUGCCUGAGGGUUUGAAGCCGUUGAAGGCAAGUUUGCAGUCAAAGAAAGUUCUAACAAAUGUGUUCCUCGGAAACACUGGAGAUUGAUGGUUGAUAUAUAGAUACUUCUA